UACGUGGCACUUUGGAGUCGUUAAACUAGAAAGGGAACAGUGGAAGCCGAGUAUAACAGGCCACUCCUUGACGCAGAUAUUACAUAAAGUAGAGUUGGGAAUUGAGGAGAGUGUUUCGUGGGUCGUUGCAAAAGCAUAUCCCGAUAAACCUUGCGUCCGAUCUAGAAGAAAAGAAGAUCUUCACUGUCUUCAAGAUGUUUCGGUUCUUGACUGUGUCACUGGCCCUGUGCCUAAUUCUGACUGGGGCUGUUCAGGGCUGGCCGAACCGAGAGAAUGAGCUGCUCAAACGUCUGAUUCACGAGCUGAAGGAGAUAAAAGAAGGAAAACGAGAGGAGUGCCAAGGAAACUUGAAGGAUCUUAAGGAGUACGAAAAAUAUUUGUGCCUCGGCCGAUCCUGCAGCUAUAUAGUCCUUAGUGGAGAACGAGUUCUAGAUGUCGAGUAUGAUGAACGCGACGACACCAAAAUUACCAUUAAUGUCAGGGACAAGGACAACAAGUUGCUGGACUCCAAAUCACAGACAAAUUUCCAGCUGCCGUUCAGCAUGGAUUUCCCCAAGGGUGGCACCGACUAUCGGGUGACGGUCAGCGCAGUCACUUCAGUCUUCGACAAAUUAGCAUACGUCAUGUCGGCCUGUGUAGACCUGUCUCCCAUCUAAACUAAUACAACACCGACUAAGCGGAAGAUUGCAGGACCCUUGUGACUUCAUGACUACUGGCUUUGUUUUUUGAUUUUUUUAAUUUCUUGAGGAGAUCGUUGUAGGUUGGCAGAAUGUAGGUAUUAUUCACCACAAAUUGUAACUUUCACCCAUGCCCACCGCCCUCUACCGUUAUGUGAAGGGUUUUUCUUACAUAUUUCGAAGCUCAAAGCAUUUUGGGUGGUCGACAGUCGUUAUAUUUGGCUGAACUAAUACAGCAUCAAGAAUGAUUGAUAUUCAAAGCAAAAUGAUUGAUUCUGUCAGAUUGUUCUCCUCGCCUGUUGGUAAAGGUAUCAUCCAUCCACACACAUUGCUUGCGCAAGCGUCGUGCACAUAAAGUACAUACAGAGAGCUUGAAGAAAGUAUUGGUCGGCUAUAGGCGGUUGGGAGUUUAAUUUGUCGUACUUUAUUUUUGUACUACGUUUUACUUGCUGGUAUUUGAUAGUCCCUAUUAAAUCUGACGGAUUUCUCGAUAUUAAUGUUUAUUUUUUUUGGAAAGUAGAGUGUACCUCACUUAGAUCAAGUAGCAAACAUCUUCUGAAACUGGCCACAACAUCAACAUCAUAUGGUGAUAGAGCAUUCUCUGCAGCUGCUCCCAAACUUUGGAAUGAACUUCCAUUGUCUAUUAGAUGUGCCAAGUCGGUAGAUGAUUUUCAGAAAUUACUUAAGACCUAUCUUUUUAACUGUAAUUGAACAAAAGUCUGCAUUUUAUUCAUGUUUUAGUUUUCAUUUGAAGCGUUACUUGCAUUUGUUUUUGUCCAUGCAUUUACUAGUAAUAACAGUGAUUGGGGUUUUUAAUAUUCAAAUGAAGUUUUUACAGUAUUUUAAUGGUAUUUUAACUAUGUGCGGUACUGCGGUAUUUAACAGUUUACAGUAUUUUACAUUAUUUGGGAUGUUUAAUUUUAUUUUACUGUUUCUUGUUCUACUGUAAAGCGCUUUGAGGAAUCUUUGAUUCAUAUUGCGCUAUAUAAAUGCUGUUUUAUUAUUAUUAUUAUUAUUACCUUAAUUGGGCCUACUGGUGAUUUUCUAUUUCAUUUUUAUUACCGGUAUAUGACGAAUUAAAAAAACUGACCUUGCAUAUUAUUACACCA